UUUCAAUAUGCAAAUUAUGCUUGGAAUCGCUGUGACGUCAUUCAUCCGACAGGUGUAUUCCCUUCGCUUUGAAGAUUGGGCGCCGCAAGCAGGCUGAACAAUAAUCGGUGGAAUUCCAAAGAUUUCGCACCAUUCGCGUUCCACAGCGCCAUUCGAACGCCGGCUGUUGUUAUGGAAGAAAGUCCGUUGCAUGUUCUAUCGAGGGCCGCGUCGUUAGUGGAGAGAACAUCCAGUGAUAUAGAGAAACGAUUAUCAAAUUCGGAAAGGGACGAGAUGAUCCGUUAUAAACGAGCAAAACUGGAAAGAGAACGAGCUAGAGAAUUGGAAAAUGAUAAAGUAAAAAAAUGCGCGGAAACCCAAACAAGUCCUCCUUCUUACGAAGCAGCAGUAUCAAGUCUAACACAUCGAGCACCCCCAGCUCACGCCUCUCCUUUUCCAACACCAAACUACGAAGAAGCCCCAUUAAACCUGAGUAUGAAAAAACCGGUGAUCAUAAGCACGCCCAUUCCAGAUUCAACAAAAAACACGGGACAUUUAGAUUCGGAGAUAGAUGAACAUUUUCGAAAAUCGUUAGGAGCAUCUUACGAUCAGUUCCGACCGUCAAAGAAAGUUGAAGAAACUGAAAAAGCCAGUGAAGAUGUCGACGAUCAUUUUGCUAGAUCCUUAGGCAACAAGUGGAGAGAAGAACAAACGGGCGAUGUUGACGAACAUUUUGCCAGAGCCUUGGGUGGAGCAACAUGGAAAAAAAUUAAACAACAAAAAACAGUCGCGUCAUAAUCUUAAAGCAAACUGAUUAUACGAAUUUUUUAUUCACUGCCAGUAUUUAGGGUGGAAGAGGCGUGACUAAGAUUCCAAAAACUUUUUUUGUACAUAAGAAUUUUUUUCGAUAGCUUUUAUUGUGAUGUUUUGUUUUUUUGUUGCAUUCUGUGCCAUUGUUUACGCUACACAACUACCGGCUAUCUCUUGUAAAUUAUGAGCUCAUGAAUGCAGUUAGCGAUGUAAUUAAAAAAGUGGUGUUUAUUUGUUGUGUUCAAGACUACUUAUUAGAAAAAGAAUAAUUAUUUAAUACAAUCGAACAUUGUUGAACCAUAUUUAAAAAAAAAAGCUGACCAAGGCUUGUUUAAUACAAC